UAAGUAACCGUUGCAUCCCGCGGCGAGCAGCGUGUUCCCAAUGCUUGAUGUUUAUUCGUCAGUGGGGAUUCGUCAUCUAGAAAACUGCAAACGUUUACCUACAGCACCGUUCUACUACCCACACCUGCCCACUUUGACGUAUUCCUAAUCACGCAAGCUCGACAACCUCGCGCCCGGCUUACUGAAUAAGGGAAUCAAUAAUAAUCCCGUCGCUGCCUAAUAAGACUCGAGAAUUUGACGGACCAACUACCGUACCUAACUAUCAACACAAGGAGUCAGCUUUCAUGUCAUCGCUCUAGUUCAUCGCAAGCAUUAAAAUAGGAGAUGACCACAACAAUUGUGACUGGCACUGGAAGACGUUCUUCUAUACGGCUACCUGACCUUCAAGUCCCAGCAGCUUCGUCCCUCUCACAACAAAUGACCAGUCCGGUAGACAAAUUCCCACCCUUUAUCGAUGAAGUAUAUGAAACAACGACCGAGUCCAGGGAGGCGCAUGCAAACACGUCGAUCAGAUAUGCGCCAACAGAUCGCUGGGAGCCGCGAAAGCAAGUACAAUUUCCCCGAGAUCAUAAUCAUUGCCCGGCUUUGAAUUCGAAGAGAAAAUCAAGAAAAAGUAUCAGCGAGGCAAUUAGCACAAUUAGAACCCGCAAUGGCAGCGUUAGUGCCAAUGCUCAAGAGUUGGCUGAGGCUCUCCGAGCGCCGGUAUCGUACAAGCUGAUAAUUCUCUGUCUCAUUUGGUAUACGACCUCCGCUCUGACGAAUACCUCAUCGAAGUCCAUUUUAAAUGCCCUCCCGAAACCAAUAACGCUUACAAUCAUACAAUUUGCUUUCGUAGCAUUCUGGUGCUUGGUACUAUCCUACUUAUCGGCCACGCUACCUUGGCUAAAAGAUAGCAUACCGGCCCUCAAGAACGGCAUUCGUCCCCCGUCCCGUGAUGUUGUCAUGACAGCUUUGCCAUUGGCAAUUUUUCAAUUAGCUGGUCAUAUACUUAGCUCCAUGGCUACUUCACAGAUUCCUGUUUCACUCGUCCACACUAUCAAGGGACUCUCGCCUCUUUUCACAGUUUUGGCGUAUCGUGUCUUCUUCAGAAUCCGAUAUGCCAGAGCAACGUAUCUUUCUCUCGUCCCAUUAACCCUAGGUGUAAUGCUUGCUUGUUCUACAGGCUUUUCGACGAACUUCUUCGGCAUACUAUGCGCAUUAGUCGCGGCUUUGGUCUUCGUCUCUCAGAAUAUCUUCUCAAAGAAGCUGUUUAACGAAGCGUCUCGCUCAGAAUCAGAGGCAGAUACGUCUGGCAGAAGAAAGCUGGACAAAUUGAACUUGCUUUACUACUGUUCGGGAUUAGCCUUCAUUCUGACAUUGCCUAUUUGGUUUAUAUGUGAAGGGUAUCCUUUAAUCUCGGACCUUUUGCAGGAUGGCGCUAUCUCAUUGUCAGGAAACACUGGAUCACUGGAUCAUGGCGCACUCUUCCUUGAAUUCGUAUUCAAUGGGGUGUCGCACUUCGCACAGAAUAUACUGGCGUUUGUUCUCUUAUCUAUGAUUUCACCAGUAUCUUACUCCGUUGCGUCUUUGGUGAAAAGGGUUUUCGUGAUUGUCGUUGCGAUCAUUUGGUUUGGAAGCUCAACAACACCUAUGCAAGGAUUUGGGAUCGCUCUUACUUUCGUUGGUCUUUACCUCUACGAUCGCAAUAACCAUGACGACCUGGCAGAUCAGAGAGCAAAUUCUGAUCAUUUCCGCACAAAGGAAACCGUCCUCCCACUUAAUGUUCGGACCACAGGGAAAACAUGGGACUCAAGUGGCUAUGCCUCCUUGGCAAGCAAGAUCUCUCAUCAACCUUCAGAUGGCCCUGCCUCACAUAUGGGUGAUCCCAAAAAGGAAGAUGAUGAACAGGGUCGUGUUCGUCCAAGAGGAAGCAGUAACUCCAGAGUGUGGCUACCCCCUGGCACGAAGCAAGAGACAACCUGGCAGCGGAAUGAUUCCUAAAAGCAUCCUUUUUAGCUGCCCUUAUUGUCAUUAUUCUAUAAUAUCCGCUGCCAAUUCGUUCCUGAGAUUUAACUGUAACAUAUUCUGAUGACUACUAGUGGUCUUGUAUUGAUAUUAUGAGAGAAAAACACAUUCAUCG